AUGGCCGCCAAGAAUUCGCACUGGGCCCUCGAGACGCUCUGCCUCGACUUCAACGUGUUCACCGAUGGAACGGUGGAAAACGUGAACGUCGGCGUCGGAAGCCCAGUCGGCUUGGCCACGCUGCGAAGGGUCGUCGAUGCGAGGCGUGGAAUGUGGCCCCGACUUUCGCUGGGACUCGUCGGCUGCUCCUUCUAUGAUGAGCAGCUACGGGACAUUCCUUUGGACGAGCUGGGCGACGUGUUCUCGGGACUAUGCGACGAGACGGGAGACGACAGCGUCCGCUUCCGCUUAUCAACUAUGCUGACGAAGCUGAUUGCCGACAAGGACGGGGCCGUCGCCAAACAGUACAUCGUGCACCGUGCCUAUGGUCUCCCCUUCACCACUUCGGCCCAGAUGAUCGACCGAGAUACAAUCUUCGUGCCGGCCGGCUGGGAUAGCGAAAAGAAGAUUGAGAUCGUUAGAUCGAACAUCACCGAGAUCGACGUGCUCGAGCCGAAUCGCGAGAAGGUGAACGUCGUCAAGGAGCCCGAGGUGAUCGCCGAGGACACGCAGGUGUUCCUCGCCCGGUUCGCCGACAUGUUGGCCAAGGACUCGGCGACAAAUGGGCAAAAGAAGGUGGAUGAAGCCGGGGCAACGGCUUCCGAUUCUCCGUUGGCCAGCUUCUUCUCAAAUCUGCUAAAGGACAAACCACAAUCGACGCGGACAGCCGCCCCCGUUUCCGAGGAGCAGCAGCAGGCUCAAAUCGAGAAGAUUUUCCAGAAAAGCGACGAGACGGACAGCGCGGCG